CCCCCAGGGGUGUGGAGUGGGGAUCCUCGUGCUCCUCCCUCUCAGCUCCCUCCCGCCCUCCCUCUUGGCCGCCGCCGCCCGGGUGCAGGGCUCACUGGACCAACCCGACAGACCCACCCUCCCCGGCCCGGGCCACCAUGGCGCGCCGGGCCGCCCUCGCGCUGCUCUUCGCGGGUCUCCUAGGAGCCCUGGUGCGCACGCAGGACGAGGGCAAUUUCGAUUUAUCAGAUGCACUCGACGAAGGCAAGAAAACCACGGCAGCCCCGAAGAAGCCCCCUGGUGGGGGUGACUUUUCCUUAGAAGACGCUCUCGGCGGCGGAGGAGACCCUGACCCAGCACCACCUAAACGGCCCCAGCCAAAGCCCAAUCCGAAGCCGGACCAGCCAGGAUCCUCUGGUGGAUUUUCAGAUUCUGACCUGAAGGAUGUGGCAGGCGGAGAAGGAAGUAGAGACGGACAUGGUGGUGGGAGCCCCAGGAAGGAGGGAGAGAGCCAAGAUGAGCAGCCCCAAGGUGUGAUUCCCGGCAUCAUCGGGGCCGUCGUGGUGGCCGUGGCUGGAGCGAUCUCCAGCUUUGUCGCAUACCAGAGGAAGAAGUGGUGCUUCAGAGAAAACGAUGCCGUGCACACCUAGGCUGUCAGUGUCCGGAGCCCCGGCCGCCAGGUUCCUGUCCCGAGCCACGCCGAGCAGCCCCUCGGCCCCUCCUCGGUCCCUCCCUCCCUCCCUCCCUCCCUCCUUCCUGGGACAGGCUCUUGCUGAUUUGCUGAAUUGCCCGGGCUGGGCUCAAUCUUGCGAUCCUCCUGCCUCAGCCUCCUGAGAGCAGCUAGGAUGGCGGAGGGUGUGCACCCCCCAGCUGGCUUUCCCCUCCGUGAUAGGCAGAAUUCAGGAAGCUCCAGAAAACUAACAGCAGUGCACAUCCUCCUGAGAAACUCGGGGCGCGUGGCUUCCACGGACUCGAGGUGUCCCAGGCCAGGCCGAGUUCGGGUCCGAGGCUCCGAACCCCGGGGAGCGUCUUGUCCUUAACCCUGUGCUUGCUCACCUUGAGUUUUUAGGAGCCACUUCUCACUCGUUCCCUACGGAGCAGCGGCUUCUGAUCUUCUCUCCCUGCUUUUCCCAAACGGUUCGAUGCAUGCAUGGCCAGAAAGGGCCAGCGGAGCUCGCUCGCUCGCAGGGCUGGCUCCCGACUCCCGGCCUCGGUGCUUGAGGGUCGUCCGCAGUGCGUGCAUCGGGUUCCGCGGCCGGCGGCACCUGUGUCCUUCUGCCCCUGCCUGCUCGGCUCACUGGCCUGCUUCGCUUUGCUUCUGUGUCCUCCAGGCCGUCAGAAGGGCUUUCCUUGCUCCGAGCUGGGACACGCGGUGCCCAGUAAACGCGUGCCCUCUCCCUCCGAGGCGCCUGGAGGCAGCGUGGCUCUGGGGCUUGUUCUAACAGCGAAAGAAAAUCACGGAAAUGCGUUGUUUCUUCUUUUCUUUUCUCUUUUCUUGUCUUUUCUUUCCUUUUCUUUUCUUUUUUGCCAUCCUGCGGGUCGGAUACGUGGCCUUGUGCACGUUUGGCAGUUGUUCUCCCCAGCCCACCUAAGUUGAAUUUUUCAGAGGCCCUGUGCUUGGUCUUUUGAGGGUUUUUUGUUUUUUGUUUUUUGAGGCAGGAUCUCGCUCUGUAGCCCAGGCUGGCCUCAGACUUACAGCGAUCCUCCUGCCUCAGCCUCCUGAGUGCUGGGAUACAGGUGUGUGUCAUCCCGCCAACUGAUCUUUCAAGUUUUGAGCCCCAAGCCGACCGGAGUGCGGUGGACAGUUCCCCCCGGGGAAUCUCUUCUCCCCUUCAGGGGUCCGUGGUGUAGGAACUUUAGCCCCAAAUGGCCCCCUUAUACUCAGUGAUUUCCAAUGGACUGUUUUUCUCCCUUUAGUGUGUUUACCCCUUAAAUCUGGAGUUCACGGCCCAGUUAGAAGAUUUGUGCUGCUUUUUUUUGGUGGGGAGAAACGAUUGUCUUCUGAAGUGAGGGCAAGUUGAGAAGCCAGUCCCCCGAUAAUUGCCUAUAAAAUGUGUCCCAUGGGAACAACGUACCCCCUCCCCUGCAGGCAGCACGAUGGGCCAUCGUGGUCAGCCCUCUUAACAUGUUGACAUGGCUCUCUGGAUGUUCCCUUCUUGGAGUAUUUCUCUUUAUCUGUCCAUCUGUCUGUCUGUCUCCCUGUCCAUAUAGUCUACCUAUCCAUCCAUUUAUGCACUCCUGUAUCUGCAUAUACAUGCAGCUCUCCGUGGAUUCACACACCCUUCAUCUACCCACCCACCUAUCUGUAAAAUCUAUUUAGUGCCCCAUGUAUCCAACCCUGUCCAUCUUUCUGUCCGUCUGUGUAUGCAUCCAUGCAUCCCUCCUUCCAUCCACCUACCUAUCCCCACUCUCAAUGGAUAGUUCUAUCUAUGUAUUCACCUGUUUCCCUUCAUCCACCUACCUGUAUGAUUUGUCUGUGUAUCUAUCUGUUCACCCAUCUACCUCUCCAUGCAUCAUCUAUCAAUCUUGUCCAUAUCUGUCUGUCUGUCUAUCUAUCUAUCCAUCUAUGUUUCUAUCACCUGUCUAUUCAUGUAUGCAUCCAUGUAUCUCUCAUCUAUCUAACAACGUUGGCUUCUUAACACGGGUAUCAUUUAGUGGCUCGGGAAGGUCGUUGCGGAUCAUUGUAUUCUUUUAAUACUCAGUACAAUGCUUUUUCUAGUCCCAUAAGUAAACUUUUAUGCUCUGCACUGUAUACAUUUCUUCAAGACAUUUUAACCACAGACCUUGCAGUUUUGUGACCAUUAAAGUUGAGCGCACAAGGGAGACAGAUUGCCUCUACGUGAUGAGCUUGGUAGUGAGGGGGAGGAGUUUUCUUUCCUGCUGAGGCUCUUGUGUUCAUUUACAACAAUGCAGAAAAGAAAUAAAUACAUUUCAUCUGUGA